AUGCUGGUUGAAACUUAUUCUUGGUCAAAUAUUAGUUUGACUUUAUCAAAUGGAAAGACAAUUCUUAAUGAUAUUAAUGGUUCUGUUAGUGGUGGAGAAAUGUUAGCUAUCAUGGGUCCAUCUGGGAGUGGUAAAUCAACUUUGCUUAACGUAUUGGCUUAUAGGAAUAGUCCACGAUCUUCGACACUCCAAGGUGGUAUAUUUAUUAACAAUGAGAGUGCAACUUUAAACAAAAUCAAACAACUUUCAAGCUAUGUUGAGCAAGAAGAUUCAUUGAUUGGUUCUUUAACCGUCCUGGAAACAGUUGACUACAGUGCACAGUUUGCUGGUAUUGUCAAAGCACACAAAAAAGAACUCGUUAGCAAAACAAUAAAAUCACUUGGAUUGGUGGGGCAGGCUUUUCUGAAAAUUGGCACUCCAAUUCAAAAGGGGAUUUCUGGUGGGCAAAAAAGAAGGGUUAGUAUUGCUUCUCAGAUUAUUACUUCCCCGUCCAUUUUAUUUUUGGAUGAGCCAACAUCGGGAUUGGACUCUGUUGCAUCACGCGAAGUUAUUGGCACUAUUAAAAGAAUUGCCAAGAGGGAGAAUAUGAUCAUCAUUUGUUCCAUUCAUCAGCCCAGCACAUACACAUUUGAACUUUUUGACAAGGUAAUGUUUCUUUCCAAAGGUAGAAUAGUCUAUAAUGACGGUGUUAGCAAUGUGGUCAAGUACUUUAACUCAAUUGGACACACAAUGCCUCCAUACAUCAAUCCAGCUGAAUAUGUUUUAGAUUUAAUCAAUACUGAUUUUCAAGAAGAUUCAAGUAUACUUGAUGAUUUGGUAUCUAAGUGGAACAGUGGAGAGGUCGAAAAAGUUGAGACAGGAUCUGUUCAAUUAGCUGAAGCCACUACCAUAAAUGAGAUGAAAAAUGUCUUGAUUUUGAUUGCUCGUUCCUUAACCAAAGCUCGAAGAGAUAUUUUGACAUACUAUGUCAGAUUGGUUAUGUACUUGGGUUUGGCAAUAUUAAUGGGUACCGUGUGGUUGAGAUUACAAGAUGGCCAAAAAAACAUACAACCAUUUAUUAAUGCCAUUUUCUUUUCUGGGGCGUUUAUGUCUUUCAUGUCAGUUGCGUACAUUCCAUCAUAUCUUGAAGAUAUUCAAAGCUAUAAGAAGGAAAGAAUGAAUGGGUUGUAUGGGCCCUUGGCAUUUUCCUUAGCAAAUUUUUUGGUUGGACUUCCGUUUUUAUUUUUGAUUGCAGCUGUUUUUAGUGUCAUUACAUUUUUUAUGGUCAACUUUCAUCAAACAGCAAGUGGGUUCUGGUAUUAUUUAAUGUGGCUAUUCUUGGAUUUAGUUGCUGCAGAAUCAAUGACUACAUUCAUUGCCAGCGUUUUCCCGAACUUUGUUGUGUCAUUGGCUAUCACAGCUUUUGCCAACGGAUUAUGGAUGGCAGUAGGAGGCUUUUUGGUGCCUUCUAACAUUUUGAAUGUAUUUUGGUAUUAUACCUUUUAUUGGAUCGAUUAUCAAAGAUACGUCUUUCAAGGAAUGAUCUUCAACGAGUUUACCAAUAGAGAAUUCCGCUGUGGAGAUGGGUGCCACUGCAUGUAUGAUUCACCUUUGGCAAGCCAAUGCAAAAUUAGUGGCCAAGCUGUUUUGGAAAGUUUGGGAUAUGGGAAAUACGAUAAAGGAUUAUGGAUUGGGGUUUUAAUUGCUCUAGUUUUUGUCUACAGAUUUGCUACGUAUAUAGUUUUGAAAUUCAGAAAGUAA